UACGCAGCCAUCUGACUGUCUCUUCUUGCUGCCGCAGCCCGAGACAUGUCCAUAGCUCUGCCAGGCGGGAGGCCUUCCCCCUACUGCAGCCACCCGCUGCCGCCUUUGCGCUGGCACACUGCUCAGCGGUCGAUCGGCCCAGCCUGCCCUCUUUUGCCCUCUCGCGCGGGGCCCCGCUGACGUUUUCUCGGUGCGGAGUUCUUCUCCAGGCAAGGCGGCCGGCCGCGAACUCCGCAACAGCAGGCGCCGGGCCGCUUUCCCCACAUUCCGAUGGUCCUCGGUAGUCAUGGCACAGCAGCAGAAGGAUUCUUCGCCAGGCCGGGGCGGCUGGUCCUUGGAAGGAAUAUAAAUAGAGUGUCCACGCUGGUUCUCUGCUGCUGCUGCUACGGCUGCUGUUGCUAGUGCUUCACUGUAUGUCGCCAGGCUGUCUUGCACACGUAGCACCUUGUCCACAGACACCCCCCACCACACCACAAGAUGCCGCUCACAUUCGAAGGGGAGGGGUCCUUGCCCCGGCUCCCAUUGCCCGAACUCCAGAGCUCCGCCAUGCAGGCGUUGAGCGCCUUGAAACCGCUCUUGUCGGACUCAGCGUUUGAGGAGUUGGUCUCCAACGCAGAACAGUUUGUCACGUCGGACCGGUCCAAGGUCUUGCAGGCCCACUUGCGGCGGCUGGCAGAGACAAACGACAAUUACUUGAACAGCGAGGGCAUUUUCUCCACCACGUCGAACGUCUACGGUGACCUACGGGGCCAGACGUUGCCCCGGAACCCGUUCUUCAUCUUGGAGGACGACCCGAUGAUCAACUUCGCUCCCAGCCAGGAGUACCGGGCAGCGGUGUUGACCACCUCGAGCUUGCGCUUCAUCGUCGCGUUGAAGCAGGGCACGUUGAAGUCGGACUUGAACGCCCAGAACGGCCAGCGCUUGACGAUGUCCUCGUACCACAACUUGUUUGGCACCACCGUCAUACCCUCCAACAGCGGCGUGGGCUUGAAGAAGUCCGUCGACUCAAAACACGUCAUCUUCCUGUCACGGGGCCAGUUCUACGCGUUGACCGUGCUCUCGGAAAACGACCAGAUCUGGUUCUCCAAGCACGAGUUGUCUGCCAUCAUCAAAAACAUCAUCCACGACUCCGCGUGCGAGAAGUCCAAGUACAACGUGGGAACCUUCACCAGCGAGUCCAAGUCCACGUGGAAGAUGGCCAGGUCUGCACUCGUGAGCAACAACCCGGAGCUAAUGCAUAUGAUCGAUAGCGCCUUGUUUGUUGUCUCCCUAGACCACGAGGCCUUUGACGAGACUGUCGACGGGAACAAGAUCCAGUUUGUCACCCACGGCACCUCUAAGAUCGACGAAAAGGGCUUCCAGCUCGGGACCUGUGUGAACAGAUACUACGAUAAGAUCAACCUCGUUGUUACUAAAAACGCAACUGCAGCCUGCAUCUACCCGGCUUCGAUCAUUGAUGGCACAACGGUUCUAAGGUUUAUCAGUGAUAUCUACACAGACUCGGUUCUCCGUUUGGCCAGAAUGAUCAAUGGUAAAAAUUACACCCUAUGGACAGAAAUAAACACCGUCCCCAUUAAUAGCGAGAUUGUCAAACCCAACUAUGUGCAUCUAAAGUUCCAGCUUACCAAUGAAAUAUGCAACGGCUUGCAUUUGGCCGAGUCCAGGUUGGCAGAUAUCAUCAACCAGCACGAAUACGUCUCUAAAAAAAUUAAUAUGGGGAAGAGAUGUAUUCGUGAAAGAAUGAAGCUCCCUACAGAUUCAUUUGUGCAGAUUUGCAUUCAAAUCACCUACUACGCCUUGUACGGUAAGUGCCCUUCCACUUUUGAGCCUGUAUCUACCCGCCGUUUCAGAGAUGCCAGAACCGAACCUAUUUGUAUCCAGAACGACACAAUGCUAGAUCUCUGCCAAGCCUUUAUUUCGCAAACAACAGAUUCUGAAAAGUGGAAGUUGUUGCUAGAAGCUGUAAAAAAACAUAAAGAGAUGGCAAAGAAUGCAAGCAUGGGAAUGGGCUUCGAAAGACACUUGAGUGCUUUAAGAUCUGCCUUUAUCCAAAGAAACACUCUCAACAAGCUCCAUCAAGAUUUGCCAAAGAUUGAUGAUAAUUCAAUCCCACCUUUCAUUUUCAACCCAUCAUUGGAGGCGUUGUACAAACCAGAAUUGAUUGCUGCUAACUGUGGCAAUCCUGCAUUGGAUUAUUUUGGUAUAACGCCUUCCAUUCCGGCUGGUUUUGGAUUCGGAUACAUUAUCAAGGAUGAUUACAUUACCAUUGUUGGCUCCUCUCAGUGGCGGCAGACCGGCAGAUUCUUGGAUACCCUUGAACGAGUUUUCUUGAACUUAAAACAAGUUUGGAAAUCGGUCAUUGCGAACAAAUCGACCAGAGAUGAGGAGCUUCAGAAGUAUGUUCACUCCAUACCCAUGUCGAUGAUGACUUCUAACAACUCCACCUGGCUUCCAUCCUUGAUAUCAAAUGAUUCUCCAACAUCAAGAGCAGAUGAUUACAUUCUCGGAGGCUACGACUAUUUUGAUGUGGAGCAGUUAAAUGUAAGGUCCGACUUGGCCUCCAGGGUGCAAAGUCGUGCUAUCAGCAGAGCAAGCAGUCAAGUUAAUCUAGGAAAGAGUCCAAGUUUCAAGAACGUCAACAAUGCACACACGGAGAAGCCUAUUGCUGUUGGCCGGCUGCUAAGUUUGCAGAAUGACCUUUAAUCCUGUUUUAUUUUUCUUUUCAAUGUUUUUGCGUUCAUUUCUCCAAACAUAUAUAUAUAUAUAUAGAUACAUAUAUAUGAUUACUUAUUUAUACACAAAGAUGUAAAAUCUUAAAACCCAUUGAUCA